AGUCCGGGAUGAGGCCUGCAUGACCAUCGCGGCAUUUCAGUGUCUCUUUCAGAGUGCAUCUGAGUUCGGCGCUACCAAAGCAAUCCAGUCUGAGAGUGGCAAGUGGGAACUGGAAGGCGAACUGAGGGAACUGGAGGAGCGAGUGGCCGGCCUGGAAGCUGAGGUGCGCCGACUGGAAGCGUGGAAGAGACAGAUUGGUCGCAGAUGGGAGGAGAGAAGAGAGGUGCAAGUAACACUCUUCACAGAGGAGCUGGAGUGUCUACAACGAUCAGAGAAACAAUACCAGGUGUUGAUUGAGACUCUUCUGGCCAGCAGAAACUCCUGAGCAAACAGCAUCCCGAUGUUCAUAUUUCGGAAGUUCUUCAGGAACUGUUUUUCCAGCGCUGCUUUUAUGGUCUUCGUUAAUUAUCUUACUAUUAGGACUGAAGGAGAGACUUGUUAGUUAUCUCUGUAUUAGGACUGAAAUAGAGACUUGUUAGUUAUCUCUGUAUUAGGCUGAAAUAGAGACUUGUUAGUUAUCUCUG